GAAGUUGUCUAUGUCAAAGUCGUUGUCACAAAUGUCAAUGCUUGUUUAUAAUGCGCUUUUUGUUUAUAUUUUAUAAAAAAAAACCGACAAACUUAUUUUUACUUCUGUUCCAUAAUAAAACUAAACAAACCCCUGCAUUCUUAAAAAGAGCCAUCAUGUCAUUCAUGAAUGUAUCUAACUAUUUACAAGUCUUAGAUCGAGCUUGGAGAUCCUGCAAUGGUUACACUUUGGCCUCCUUUCUGUCCCUCCGACAUGACCACUCAAAAUUUAAAAACUACCACAUCGAAAACCCAGAAAUUAUUGUUAGUAAGUUCCUGGAAGGCCCUUUGGAAGAGUUAGUCAUUUACCAUUUUAAAUGUCUGUAUGCUGUAAGCGUAGAGGAUUAUAAGACGGCUUAUCAAAUUCAGAAUACUCUUGUUCAAGUAUUCAUCAAAAUAUUGCAAGCACAAAAAGAAGAGAAUUGGUUAUUGCCAGUUAUGUAUACAGUGUGUUCAGACUUAAGAAUUUUAGCUCAACAGACUGAAAAACAAAAAGUAAUUUCUGAGAAUCCUGGAGAGUGUCUUGAGAAAGCUGCAGAAUCUAUAUUGGCAUGUUUUAGAAUUUGUGCAGCGGAUAAUAGGACUGACGAUAGAGAUACCAAGAGGCGGGGCAUGAUGGGUUUAGUUAAUCAACUUUUUAAAAUUUAUUUUAGGAUAAAUAAAGUGCAUUUAUGUAAACCGUUGAUUAGGGCUAUAGAAUCUAGUCCAUUUAAAGAAACAUUCUGCUUAAGCCAACAGAUUACAUAUAGAUAUUUCGUUGGGCGUAAAGCAAUGUUUGACAGUGACUAUAAGGCUGCCGACAAGUAUUUAAGUUAUGCUUUUGAAAACUGUCACAAAAUAGCCCGUAAAAACAAAAGAUUAAUCCUCAUUUACCUUGUACCAGUAAAGAUGCUAUUAGGAUACAUGCCAAGUAGAAAGAUUUUAGAAAAGUAUGAUAUAUUAGAAUUUUCUGAUUUGGUUCAAGCAGUGUGUCAAGGUAACUUAAAGCAAUUUGAUGAAAUUAUGGAAGAGCAUGAAUCAUUUUUUAUUGAUAGUGGAAUUUACCUUAUUGUUGACAAGCUAAAAAUCAUUGCGUACAGAAAUUUGUUUAAGAAAGUUUAUCUCAUACUGAAUACUCAUCAGAUACCAGUUGAAUCAUUACAAGCCGCACUAGAAUUUUUAGAUCAAGAUGUUAAUUUAGAUGAAACACAAUGCAUAGUGGCUAACUUGAUUAAUGAUGGGAAAAUCAAGGGAUAUAUUUCACACCAGCACAGGAAAGUGGUUGUAAGUAAGCAGAAUCCCUUUCCUGCUUUAACUACUACAUAAAAGACACAGUGUGACUUCAUAGUACUUUUAAGUGGCAAAUUUCUCUAGAUGUAUUGUAGUUAAUACUUCUUGUACAUCUAGUUUUAUAUAUUAAGUGAAAUAAUAAUUUUAUUUAGAUUUUUCUGUUAUCAGUGUUAUACAGAGUAUAGUAAACAGUAGGACAGUUUGUUUGGUAUACUCAACUCAAGUGGCUUGAAGUUUUUGUCUUUUUGUGUACUUCUGAAGAAUGUUUGAUUUUUUUUUACCAUAUCAAUGUUGAAGUUAUCCAAAAUAAAAUCUUUAUUUAAGUA